AUUACAAUGACGUGUGAUCUACCAUAGGACCCUUUACUGUGACGGGUGUGUUAUCGCAAGAUGACAAGGGGUAAACCUGACGACGAUGAUUACUGGAACAGUUCGAAGUUCAGAGCCUUCACUUUUGAUGACGAGGAAGAAUAUUCAAGUCUGAAGGAAUCUAAAAGAGCUGUUAACAGUAUUCCCCUCGCGGAUGAUGAUGAUGAUGAAGAUGAUGUGGAGAAGGUCAGCUGGAGUGGAGAGCCUGUUGGAAGUAUCUCCUGGUCUAUUAAGGAGACGGCAUCAAGCACCCAGUCAACUAUACGUGAUCAAGGAUUGCCCAAGAUUGACACCACUCCUUCAUUGACCAAACAGGGUUCUGGCUACUCACUUAGUUCCCUCUUCAAAGGAAGAAGCAAAAGUGGGAGUUUUGCGACCUUUUCAGAAUGUCUCAGUGAAACAUCUGCCAGAAGUUUUGCACCUGAGCUUCGGAAGCCAAAGUCUGAAUACAAGGACUACGUCAGUGAUUGGACUCCAGAGGAAACCGUGAAGAGGAUGCGGAGAGGGAAGGCUUACUCCCUGGAGACGUUUCGAUCUUUGAAGGAUAAACUCCUGCUCCUGGACAAAGCAGUUUCUGCACUCGAUGGAAAUGUCAUUACUGCGGUUUUAAUCUAUUUGAAGAAGUCAUUAAGUAAAGAAAUCAUCUCCAGAGAAUUAAUGUCAAGGGAAAUAGCUCUCCGGCACUAUAUUCAUUAUCUGAAGGAAGUGGGAGAGCAGAAGCUACUGCUAGAUCUUCUCAAGUCUCUGGGCAGAACGGAGGAUGUGGCGCUCCUGCAGUACAAAGAGCACCUCAACAUCAAAGAUGAAGUGCGAAGAAAAGACUUCUUGAAAAACUGUAUCAGUCUCCCUUUUGCACCAGAUGACGCAACUCAUGUCCAAGACCACUAUACAUUAUUAGAAAGACAAAUCAUCAUAGAGGUCAAUGACAAGCAGGUGGAAAGCAGAGGGCAGACAGACAUAUUUAAGAAAUUCCCCAGAAAGGCCUCUAUCCUGAACAUGCCCAUUAUCACGACCCUGUACUACUCCUGCUUCUACCACUAUGGGGAGUCAGAGGGGACGUACAGCAGUCCAGCAAACAUUAGACAGACAUUUAAGAUUUGUGAAAAGCAGUAUUUCCUCACAGCCCUUGGGGCGAGGGCGAAGCUGAAAGCAUGGUUCGAUGUGGACAGCCUAUUCACCACCAAAAAUUGGCUGGGCUACACAAAGAAGAGAUCCCCAAUUGGGUUUCACCGGGUGGUGGACAUCCUGCAGAAAAACAAUGCACCGGUGCAGGUGCUGCAGGAGUACUUGCGUUUGGUGGAAGAUGCAGAGCUCAGGAUCAGCCUGGCACAGAAACACAAGUGCCAUGACAUCAUCAUUGAUACCUACAAAGACCUGAAGGACCGUCAGCAGCUGACUGUGUACAGGGGUAAGGUUGAGAGGGGGUCGCCCGAGGACAGGAAGAUCGAAGCCCUGCUGAACAACACGCAAAUCCGAUGGAAGAACUGACCUCUUUCAUGAGCAGCCUGUGGGUAGAGGGGCAGAGCAGAAAGGCCCGCUCAUGACCAAAGCUCAAAGACAUUCUUUUUUUAAUGAACUGUGAAGGCCUUGUUUCAUUCCCAUAGCGUAUACGUCUAUAUGUACGUUUAUAGAUGAGACGUUGGUCAUUUUCCAGGUACUGUGGAAAAUAAGAUCGACAAAGGAGAGCCAAUCUGGGACUGAAGAAAGAACCGGGACUUUUAUUUAUUUGCAUUUUUGUAAAGAUUCCCAAGCAUGGAUCUCAACCUGCCAGCUUUGCUUCACUGUCUAUGUGAUAUAAGAGCAUACUGACCUUACGCUAAAACUUGGCCAAUAUUUAUUAAAUAUUUGCCAUGUGAACCCACAAAGAUCCAAAAUGCAAAUCUAUCCCUAUUAUUCCUCAUUAAAUUUUAUCUUCCACUGUAAAAUGUCCUGAAUUUGCUUUUGUUUCUUUCAUUCAAGUCCAUAACAAUAAAACAGAAUUACUGAAAAGAUGCAACAAGAGUCAACCCUUAAAAUGUGUUGCGGUAAUUCAUGAAGUAACUCCCAGAAAAAGAGAUGCAAUUAAAUACCUGUGAAAAACC